CAUCUAACGAAUCAGCUUUUCGCUCAAUCAAAUAGUCAAAUGUCCGGUUAGAAUAUAUGUGAGGAAGAAGCUUUUAGUAUAUUCAAGGAAAACUUUCAUUUUCUAUUCGAGUCUUGCAAAAUCCGAAUAGGAUUGAAAAGCUGAUUCCGCUUUGAAAGCUCAACCUUGAGAGAAUCAGUUUCCCUUUGGAUUAUAUAUUUUGACUCUAUUACAUUGAUUUGUAGGGGCUUUGAGAUCCCAAGCGGGCCAAACAGCAGUCUUCAACUUCAACUUUGAGAUCCAAAGGGCCUUGGACCCGGACUCUUUUGUCUUUAAAGGUCCUUGACGACAAAUCGUUUUGCGAAGAGCAGUCUACAACUUCAGCUUUGAGAUCCGAAGGGCUUUGGACCCGGACUCUUUUAUCUUUAAAGGUUCUUGACGACAACUCGUUUUGCCAGAUCUUAAGCACCAUUGCUCGUUGUCGUUUAAAAGUGAUCCUUUCAUUUUAUCUCCAUGAUACACGUGGCAGCCGGCAACUACUCCCUGCGACCAAAGGAAAUUUUUAAUACAAAAACGCUUUGGCCUGUACAGUUACCGUGCGUCUCUCGAAAGGCCUAAGCAGCUACGAACUAUCACUGACACUGGUAACAUCAGAAUUUCGCCCUUUGAAAUCUCGGCAAUACCCAUUUGAGUCUGGAGCUGAAAAUGAAUUGGUGAACACUGCGUUGAUAACCUAGGAAAGGAAAAGGAGAGAGAAAAGGACCAACUAUGCAGGGGCCGAGUCUUCAGAGGACACCAUUCAUCUCGAGGGGAAAGCCUCCCUUAUUGGCUCUGAUGGAUUCAUUGCCAUGUCUCGCUAGCAUUUCCAGAAAACCCAUUUCAUCUUCUUUAAGAUACAGAGGGAUCUCGAGGUUGAAUUCUGCUUUUGGUACAAUUAGAGCACAAGCAUCUAAUGUUAGUAUUGGAUCUGGGGGCUAUGAAGAUGGGGAGAAGCAAGACAACCAGAAAAGCUUUGUUAAUGGUCCAUCAAAUGACAACUCAUCGGAAAUUGUGAAACCUCCUCGCAAAAUCCCUUAUCCUCUAUCCAUAGCUGUUGUUCUAUUUGGAUGUGCUUUGCUCUUUUCAUUGGCUGCCUUUGUGAAAGGUGGUCCUUCAUCAAUUUUAGCAGCAAUUGCAAAGUCAGGAUUAACAGCUGCAUUCACAUUAAUAUUUGUUUCUGAAAUUGGGGACAAGACAUUUUUUAUUGCUGCACUGUUGGCCAUGCAAUACCAGAAAGGAUUGGUUCUUCUGGGAUCAAUGGGUGCUCUUUCACUUAUGACAAUCUUGUCAGUUGUAAUUGGACGGAUAUUUCACUCAGUGCCUGCUCAGUUCCAAACAACCCUUCCAAUUGGAGAAUAUGCGGCUGUAACUCUUCUAAUGUUCUUUGGGCUCAAAUCAAUAAAAGAUGCAUGGGAUCUUCCUUCAAGUGAAGUUAAAAGUGGUGAGAAGAGCGGUCCUGAACUUGAUGAAUAUGCUGAAGCUGAGGAACUUGUGAAAGAAAAGGUCUCAAAGAGGCUUACAAAUCCAUUCGAGAUUGUCUGGAAGUCAUUCAGCCUUGUAUUCUUUGCUGAAUGGGGAGAUCGCUCAAUGCUUGCAACAAUUGCUCUUGGUGCUGCUCAGUCUCCAUGGGGUGUGGCAACUGGAGCCAUUGCUGGACAUCUGGUUGCGACAUCAAUUGCAAUUCUAGGAGGAGCUUUUCUUGCCAACUACAUUUCAGAAAAACUGGUUGGCUACUUGGGUGGAGUGCUUUUCCUUAUUUUUGCCGUUGCCACAUUUUUUGGAUUUUUCUAAUUAAUGCAUGAGGAAUUUAGAGAGAAUGUUUAGUGCAACUAUAAUGGAGCAUUACACCUGGGAUUAUUGGACAUCAUUUGUGACUAAGAGAAGAAAGUGGACAAAAAGGAGCCUGAAAUGCACCAUGGACAUGGAAUAGUCUAACAGACAUUUCACACUUCAAAAACUCAAGUUAGGAUGGAUAGUUCAUCUAUGUAUGUUAUGUUGUACCUUCUGCUCUUUUUGAAGGAUCACAUAUCAGAAAACUUUAGAUGGAGAGGUGGAUUUGUAUAUUCAAAAAUUUUUCAGUCGCUCAAUUGAACAGGAGUUGUGAAAUAAGAUACUGCCCCUCAGUAUUAUUCAACAUCAAGGACAUGAAAGUUCUGAACACAAGCAAUCUUGUUACAGACUGUCUGCUGUUCCUGAAACCAAGAUGAAGCUACCAUGGUUGAACUAUUGAAAUCUUUCUUGAUCAAAGAUUAUAUGCUUCCCCAUCCCUGCAAUUAUUGUUUAAUUUGGAGUAUAUCUUAAAA